AUGGUCGCCGCUUUAGAAUUGACGUCGGACAAUGUCGGCAACUCUAGCUCUUCGUCGCCUCAAUGUUUGACAGAAAUCGUGUGUUGCCGUCUCGUUUCUAAGACACCACACCUCUGCCACCUCCAUCCUCAUCCUCCCGUCCCUCUGCUUCUCGCCGUCGUUGUUACUUUCAUUGCUGACGCCGCACCACAGCCCGCAGACUGCAGACUUCGUCCCUCUUUUUAUAUUGUGAUCCGGUUGAAUAUUGGUUUGGAUCUUGCAAUGCCACCAUCAAAAUCUAGAAAAUUAUUGGAUCCAUCCAUGGAAGACCUACCGGGACAUGUGAUUGUCGAUAUUCUCUCCAGACUUCCUGUGAAGACCAUCAUCCAUUGCAAAUGUGUAUGCAAGAAGUGGUUGGAUCUCGUUUCAGACUCUUACUUUGCCAAUCUUCACCUCUCUGCCAGAUCACCCGCAGGCUUCAUAAUCCAUCAUUAUUCCAGAGAAGAAAAGGCAAUUGACACAGUCACAGGCAUUUUGAGGUUGAUGGAAGUUGAAGAUGAACUCGAUCAUCACCAUUUACUACAUAACCCUAUCACGAGCCUUGACCUUAACCAUAGAGAAGGUAUUGCAGAGAUUGUUUAUUUUUUUGGUGUUGGCUCACUUACACAGGAAUACAAAGUGAUACGGAUUUUCCAAAGGAAUAUACCUCAUGAUCCUACCUCAACAUCUCGGCCAAGCCUAUUAGAAGCUGAGGUCUACACCCUUGGCACUGGCCAAUGGAGAAGUCUAGGCCAUGUACCAUACUUGGACAAUCGAUUCGAUGGGUCAUUUUUUAAUGGCCAUGCUCAUUGGACUGUUCUUUUCCAGGAUUCCCCUAAUAAGAUUUAUGCUUUUGAUUUUGAUAAGGAGACAUUUGAGUUGUUCCCGUCUCCUCCUUCCGAAAGUGGGGACUAUUUCCCAAGUUUGGGAGUCAUAAAUGGUUGUUUAUGUCAAUGUGAUACCUACGAGUCUAAAUUGAUAGUUUGGGUGAUGAAGGAAUAUGGGAUCAAUAACUCUUGGCAUAAAGAGUUGGUGAUUGAGAAAAUUAUCAGCCCUGUUCUUAAUAUGCUGUGGGACCAAACCAUAUAUCUAAUUGAGGGUUUUAAAGAUGGAACUAUUUUGAUGGGAAUUUCUCUUGGCGCUAUGUUCAUUUACUGUCCUCGGAGGAAAACAAUUGUAGACACUGAAAUAUUUGGCGGCUUCAUCGACGGAUUGGCUUAUCGUCCUAGCUUUCUUAGACUACACAACUUUGAAAACGAGAGAGUGCAUUUGCUUUAA